AUGGUGAGGAAGGUGGUAAUGGUGAUGGUNUUUGGAGGUGGUAAUAGUGAUGAUAAUGGUAUUGGUGUUGGUGGCGGUGUUGGAGGUGGUAAUGAUGAUGGUGUUGGUGAGUGUAGUGAUGGUGGAGUUGUUGGUGGUGAUGAGGAUGAUGUUGGUGAGGGUGGUGGUGGUCGUGAUGGCGUUGCUAGUGUAGGAGGUUGUGGUGGUAAUGGUGAUGGUGAUUUUUGUGGUGUUGGAGGUGGUAAUGGUGAUAGUAAUUUUUGUGGUGUUGGAGGUGGUAAUGAUAAUGGUGUCGGUGGUGGUGUUUGA